GGACGCUUUUUCUCCUCCUUUGCGGACCUCCAACCGGCCGUUCCGGUCUCCGCCGCCGCCGCCGCCGCCGCCGCCAAUCAUCGUCUUCGGCGCCACUGCUUUUUACUCGAGCAGACCGUCAAAAAAAAAAAAAAAAAGGAGAGGAGUGAGGCCAUACCCGUAACCAACUGCUUUUCUCCUUCCUCCCCCAUCGCUUCCUCCUCAAAAUCUCCUCCUCCACCACCAUGCUCCUCCUCCCCGCUUCCCCCUCCCCUCCGCCUCCCGACCUCCGCCGCCCCCCGCCGCCCCCCUCGUCGGAGCCAACCACACCUCCGCCCGCUUCUGCUCCCGUUAAUCCCCAUCCCCCUCUCUCUCUCUCCUCAUCUCCCUCCAUCCCUGUCUCUUCGUGCGUUCCGCUCGCUCUCAGAUCUGACUCUAGAUUCCGAUCUCUGCGAUGAUGGAGCCGCCUUCGGCCAAACCGAGCUUCCUCCGGAACAUCCUCGUGCGGGCCCUCCUCUUCGGCGUCGUCCUCAUCGUCCUCCGCUCCGCCUACGUCGUCACCACCGCCGGCGGGUCCUGCAACCUCGGCGACUUCUGCUUCUUCUCCAUCCCUGAGAACAUCAACCUCGUCAUCGCCGGCGCCGGCGGCUCCGGCGCCGUCGUCAACGAGGUCGCCAAGUCCCAAUCGGCGGCGGCUCCCAAGCGCCGCGACCCCCGCAAGAGCAAGGCGUGGGUCAGGGCCGUCCGGUUUUACUCCUCGGUGUUCCAGGAUCUGAUGGUGGACGCGUUCCUGUCGGCCGGCCAGCGGACUCUGUGCGUGGGUUCCGUCGCCGGCGAGGACGUUUUCGCCUUGAGGGACAUCGGCGUGAUGGACUCGAUUGGGAUUGCCAAGAAGGCGUCCCCUCCCUUGGUCAAAUCCGGGAAGCUGCAUCGCCUGCCGUUCGGCGACGACACUUUCGAUUUUAUCUUCUCCGGUGGUGGCCACUUCGAUAGAUUCCCGAAGCCGGCGGAUGUCGCAGCCGAGCUUGAGAGGACGCUGAAACUUGACGGGUUUCUCGUUGUGCAUGUAAGGGCUAAUGAUACUUACAGUUUCAAUUCUUUUCUCGAGAUGUUCAAGCAGUGCACGCUGCUAAGGUCGCUCGACAUUGAUGGUUUUGAGUCCUCGAUGCCCCGAAUAAGGGAAAUCGUUCUGAGGAAAGUCGGGGAUUCUGACAUUCACAGCCAUUUGAUUAGGAAGAGUAAAGUCAGUACGGGGAACAAGUGCUCUGUCCCGGAGUAUAAGCAAAAAUUGGUCCGGAAUGCAGAGCCAUUGAUAGAGGAGGAGCCCUUGAAACCUUGGAUUACAUUGAAAAGGAAUAUACAGAACAUAAAGUAUUUGCCAUCAAUGGUUGAUAUCAGUUUCAAGAAUAGAUAUGUGUAUGUCGACGUUGGAGCUCGGAGUUACGGGUCUAGCAUAGGUAGUUGGUUCAGAAAACAGUAUCCCAAGCAGAACAAGACUUUUGAAGUGUUUGCAAUUGAGGCGGAUAAGACCUUUCACGAUGAGUAUAAGGCGAAGAAGGCGGUCACGUUGUUGCCAUAUGCGGCAUGGGUGAAGAACGAGUCUCUGUUCUUUGAAAUAAAUCGAGACCCCGACCACAAGGCUGAGGUAGUUAAGGGGAGAGGAAUGGGAAGGAUCCAGCCUAAACAGUCAUCUGCUAAAUCUGAUGGAGAGGUUGUCAAGAUCAAAGGGUUUGACUUUGCGGAAUGGUUGAAGAGAACGGUGUCUGCGAAGGAUUUUGUGGUGAUGAAAAUGGAUGUAGAAGGGACUGAAUUCGACUUGAUUCCACGGCUCUUUAAAACUGGAGCUAUCUGUUUGAUCGAUGAGAUAUUUCUCGAGUGCCAUUACAAUCGGUGGCAGAGGUGUUGCCCUGGCGAGAGAAGUUCAAAAUAUGAAAAAACUUACAGGCAGUGCCUGGACCUCUUCAAUUCUCUCAGGCAGAGUGGAAUCCUUGUUCAUCAAUGGUGGUAAAAGACACAACCACCGGAUGUUCUGUAUCGACCUUUUUCCUUAACCUCAGUAAAUUUUUGUACCUUUUGUUUUUUCACAGGAUAUGUUCUUUCUUGGUAACUUACAUGUUCUUUGGGCAUUCUAGUGCAUAUAAUUUUCUUUUUCUAAUGGGUGCAAACAAAGAGAAACAAUUGUUCACUUUGUAAGGAUUUCUAUUGCAAACGAAUGAAUUCUUUUGUCGUGGAAACUCUCACUUCCUAACGUACUGAUUGUUUGUUGUUCUUCCC